CUUGUAAACAUUUCAGUCUGUCUAGCCUAUUGAUCAUAUGCAAAAGGCUAUACAAAAGUUGGUGAAAUAUGUUGAAAUGCCUUUGUAUUUCUGGCCUACAUCCCAUGUUGCCCUUUAAUCUCAAAUAUAGGCAUAACGAGGGCACUCACAAAACAGAUUUUUUUAUAUAGUCAUAAGGAUUGUGCUUAUGACUAGUGAGGCACAAAGUGAGUGAAGUCACUUUUUUCCUUAACUGGGAACCCUCUCGAGGACACCUGCAGGUCCCCAGACUACACUUUGAGCACGAGGCUGUCCCGCCUCGCCUUGCAGCCUGUAGAGCAGAUACAGACACGCUCCAACUGCAGGUUAAUAAUAGUGUAGCCUGCAGUAAGUCGUUUGCAGUAAGUUGCAGAUACUAUCCCCACUCAGUUAUCUGACAGUCAGCAAGUUAGUUAAAAUUUUUUAAGUGUUUCAGGCGCCAUGGCCUUUGGGCAUCUCAUCCCUCAGCUGAGGCUGGAGGAGUCAUCGGAAGACGGGCCGUUCAGGAGCAUCGCCUUCCGCCCUUUCCAGCAUGGACACCACCAACGUAGGAAGUCAAGUUCUCCCUGCGGUGACAGAAAACCACACAAGCUCCACAAGCCACUCUGCAAGUGACUUGGCUUUGUUCCUCCAAGGGCAUCACCACGGAGCCUGGCUCACCCAAGGGCCCCAGCUAAUGAGCCAACGCAGGGAAAUUGAUUUAGUAUCCACCUUCCUAUCUUCAUACCCGUGCAGUCCAAAGAUAAAACAGGGCAUUAACUGCGUGAAGACGGCGACACACUGGGGCACAAGACGGACCUCACCCUCCAGCAUGGGCACAAUCCGGACUGACAGUGACUUCCUCUGCUGCAGCAACUUUAAAAUGAGCACAAAGUGACAAGAAAUAACCUCCCAGCCUUUACACAGUAUCAGCAUCAAUAUUCAAGGGCUAACAGUUGGUGCCUUACUCUUUAGCAUUACACUAGCAACAGCAGCUGAGGUAACAGCUUUGGCAGCUUCGACAGUAGCACAGCGUGUGUGUGUGUGUGUGUGUGUGUGUGUGUGUGUGUGUGUGUGUGUGCGUGUGCGUGUGUGUAACUUGGCCUGCCAGUACCUGGGGAGGACCAGCAAAGGAGUUGUGUUACACUCCCUGACAGACCUUAUACAUGUUUCAUCUGCUGCUCUCAGAACAGAAGCCUCCUUUUUAUCUAAUCCAGCCCUCUCCUCUCCAGCCUGAGUUUACUGCCACAAGACCGCUCUUCACAGUCUGUCAGCCAGCCACCGAGCUGAUGCAUAUCAACCAACAGCUGAGGAGCAGCACAAGGACUUAGUCAGGCCCAAGAUAACUGCUAUCAGGACUUCUCAGCCAGUCUUUCAAUCCAUUGGCUGUCACGCGGAGAGGGCUUUAAAAUAAACAAGCAGAGCUGAGGGGUCCGUGUGAGGUCCACCAAAGAUUGUCACGGAUCUAAAAGGUGCCUCAUCUGUUCAGCACUAAACCUCCACUUUUAUGUAGGUAAAAGCCCUUCAAGCUGCAGAAUUGCAGCAUUUGCAGUUCUUUUAACCAAGGAUCUCAAAAAAGUAGGUGUUGUAUUUGCACUUUAGAAAGCUAGUCAGGACCAUGAGUGACACUCUUAGGCCCCCUUCACUCCAGGUGAGCGUCCCAAACGAUGCUCCAGCAUACUCAGACGGAGGAGCCAACACAGUGUCGGAUGGCUCCGUGCAAUCCAGCUUCUCAACCCCGACGCUCCGACGCAAGCGCUUCAAGAUGCGGCGCAUGAGGAACGUGCCCAGCGAGAGGGAGCUUGAAAGGGGGCGGCUAACCAGCGGCCACCUCACAGCCCGAUCCCGCUGCGGCUCCAAGGAGUACCUCCAGCUGCCUUCCAUUGAGAUCACGCCAUCCAGCGACGAAGAUGCCACCUCUUCCUGGUCGCGCUGCUCCACGCCCAGUGCCUCUCCACGACGCAAGCGUUUUCUGUUGAGGAAGUGGCUGAAGGUCCGACAGAAGAAGGAGCAAGGCAGUGAGAGCAGCAGCCAGCAGAGCAGCCAGCAGAGCAGCCAGCAAAGCAGCCAUGAAGAUGACAACACUCGCUUCUUGACUCCAUUUAUCCGAGAGGAGAGGUCUGACAGUGCAGCGGACAAAAUCAGCACUGCCAGUAACUCAAACAAGAGCACCCCCGCCUGCUCACCAGUCCUGCGUAAACGCUCGCGCUCUCCCACACCACAGAGCCAGGAGGGUGAGAACAUGGUGGAGAAGGGUUCAGACCACUCCUCUGACAAAUCCCCCUCCACGCCCGAGCAGGUCGUCCAGAGAACAUACUCCCUGCAGUCAGCAAGAAGCGGCGGAAAGAACUCAAAGAAGAGCCAAAGCUGGUACAACGUGCUGAGCCCGACAUACAAGCAGCGCAAUGAGGACUUUAGGAAACUCUUCAAACAGCUCCCUGACACAGAGAGACUCAUUGUGGACUACUCUUGUGCUCUUCAACGCGACAUCCUCCUGCAGGGACGACUCUACCUCUCUGAGAACUGGAUCUGUUUCUAUAGCAACAUCUUCCGCUGGGAAACACUGCUGACAGUGCGGCUAAAGGACAUCUGCUCAAUGACAAAAGAAAAGACUGCCCGCCUCAUUCCCAAUGCCAUCCAGGUCUGCACUGACACUGAGAAGCACUUUUUCACCUCAUUUGGAGCCAGGGAUAGGACUUACAUGAUGAUGUUCAGACUGUGGCAAAACGCGCUGCUGGACAAGCCCCUGUGCCCCAAAGAACUGUGGCACUUUGUUCAUCAGUGCUAUGGCAACGAGCUAGGCCUAACUAGCGACGAUGAGGACUAUGUUCCACCAGAUGAUGAUUUCAACACCAUGGGGUUCAGUGAAGAGAUUCCCAAUGAAGAGAAUGAGAUCAACAAUGACAACUUGUCUAAGAGCAGCGCUGAGGCCAAGCCUGAGGGGAGCCCUCCUUCGCUACAUAAGAAGGUCGUCCCAAACAUCACCAUCCCUAGUCCAGGCAACCAUGACACACCCAUCACAUUUGACCUCCCAGCAGAAGAGUAUGCAGACUGCCUACCAGAUGGCGAGCUGCUUGCUCUGCCCCUUUUGCUGGAAGAGAACAAUGAUACCAGCGGGCCUGGUGGUCUUGUCCCCUCACCCUCUCUGGACUUCAACGACAACGAAGACAUCCCCACUGAACUCAGCGACUCCUCUGAAACGCACGACGAGGGUGAAGUACAGGCCUUUCAUGAGGAUCUGAAUGGCAGGCAGUACAUCAAUGAGAUCUACAAGUUAAGUGUGGACAAGCUCUACGCCAUCCUCUUCACAGAGUCGCAGUUCAUGAGUGACUUCAUGGAGCAGAGACGAUUCUCAGAGGUGGUGUACCACCCGUGGAAGACAGAGGAGGCUGGGAACCAGACAAGAGAGAUCUUGUACACCAUCUCGCUGUCCAAUCCCCUGGCCCCCAAAACAGCCACAGUCACUGAGACACAGACUCUGUACAAAGCCAGCCAGGAGAGUGAGUGUUACAUCAUCGAUGCUGAGGUCAUUACACAUGAUGUGCCCUACCAUGAUUACUUCUACACUCUCAACCGCUACAUGCUCACCAGGGUCGCCAAGAACAAGUGUCGGUUACGGGUAUCGACAGAGCUGCGCUACAGGAAACAGCCGUGGGGGCUGGUGAAAGGCUUCAUAGAGAAAAACUUCUGGAGCGGGCUAGCAGAGAACUUCCGCCAUCUAGAGUUGGAGCUGGCCAAGCUGGAGGAGAUACUGGAGUCCCACCAGCUCUCUCCGAAGGUGAUAAAAAACUCCACGGUGAGGCGGAAGAAGAGGCCACUCCCCCACAUGCGCAGCCAGCAUAUGGACGAGGCGCUCAGCCCCGUUACCACGCCGACGGAUGAGGAAGUGAUUCAGAGGAUCAAACAAGUGGCAGGCUCCACACAAACCAGACACCAGAGUCCAGAGCACCAUCACCUGCCCGCAGGCCUCGCUCUCUACAGCGUCUCCAAACUGCUGCUCAUCAUCAGCUUUGUCCUGGUCCUGCUGGUGUUCCUCAACAUGAUGCUCUUCUACAAGCUGUGGAUGCUGGAGUACUCGGCGCAGUCUUUAACAACCUGGCAAGGCCUGCGGCUUCAUGAAAGUAAACUGCCUCAGACACAGAUGGAGUGGGCCCAGCUCCUGGAGGCACAGCAGCGUUACCAUGACGUUGAGCUGCAGAAGUGGAGGGAGAUUAUCAAGUCGUCAGUAGUGCUGCUAGACCAGAUGAAAGACUCCUUAUUGAACCUCCAGCGAGGCAUUGGUUUAAGUGAUUACAGCUCCGAGGCUGAGGAGAAGAGAAGUCGCUAUCACUGACACAUCACCAACAAGGCCAUGAGGGCAUGCUGUGCAAUAUACUGUAGGACCUGUUUUGUUUGUGAACCAGUAUGCAGGCAGCAGCAAGACAAAGAGAGAGGACAGAGGGGGAGGCGGGACCAACGAUGAGCUGGUCCAAUAGACACAAAGAGUGGAACAGUCGUCUACAGUGCACAGAGCUUAGAACCCCCAGGAGGAGGAAAUUGACGGACAGAAAGUUCCCCUAUCACACACAGGGAACUGAGGUGUCCCCAACAUCACUGAAGCAUUGUGGGAAGGUUCUCCUUCUCUACACCUGCGGGAUGAACCGUUUCCUUCUACUCUCUUAUUUCCAAGUGCAUCCUACUGUAAGCCAUUUCGACCAGAGAGUCGCAGAGAGAAAGAAGGAAAACUACUGCAUGCAUUUAGACAACCUAGCUCCCCUCAGUCAGUGUUAAUGUGGUCCAGUUCCAGUCUAUGUGUGUCAAAAUAAAAGAAGAACAGAAGACGAGGAGAGACUGAGUCGAAGAAAGGUGGGGGGGUCCCUUUGAGUCUUAAUGGCUGUCUACACUCUCUAGACUGUUCCAACCUAUCGUCCCCCGAGAGGUCCUGGCUGCAGCGUCCUUUUAGUAACCUCCAUGUGAUCAGAGUACGGUAUCGUUCCACAACCAAAAAGGAGUGUUGUAGCUAGGAACUCAGCUUCCCCAGUCGGUCCCUAUUGCCUUGUUUGAAGCUGGCCUGUGUUGUCUUCGUCAGGGCUGGUUCCCUGUGAGACUGUUGUGUUGAAAUAUUUAUAAGUAGAAUCUAAAUGACAUGAUGAUAUACACAAUUUACAUAAUCAGUCAUCCCUGCCACAGUGUUAGCUAACUUGCGUUGCAUUAUUCCUCAUCCUUCUAAUGAAGUAGAAUGUAUUAGCCUGGACAAAAAGGCCAGAACUUAGCCUAUUCAUUUUUGAAAAAGGGGUGCUGCAGCCAGACCAAUAGGGAGACCUGUGUUCUUACAUGUUUUAUUACUAAACUGUGACUAUAUCUCUUUAAAAAUGUUUCAAAUUAGAAAGAAUUCUAUGAAUAUAUUUGAAAUAUAUAAGAAUAUUUCAUUAUUUAAUAUAUAUAUUUCAAAAUAUAUAAACAUUACCUAUAUUUAUUGUUAAUUAAUGUACAUAAAGAAAUUAUCAGAGCUCUAGACCAGUUAAGGAAUUUCUAACGAAAAGUGUUUUCUUCUAAAAAUGCAUGCCAGAUAUGUCUGUGACAUGUCCAGUGUGCAAGUAUGAUUUUGCAUUUGCGCGAUUAUAUUCGCGUGUGUGUGUGAGUGCGUGCAUGCGUGCGUGUGCGCACAAGUGUGUGCUGUAAAGUGUGACAUUUUUACCAUUCCACACUUGUAUGUUUCUUAAUUUUUCUUUUCUGGCUUCAGCAGCCAGACUGCCUUUUUAAUGCUAAUGCAUCUGGAUGCCGCCUUGCAUUUGCCCCACCAGGGUACAGUUUACAAUCGAAGAGUUUUGUUCCAAAAUGACAUAUCCAACAUUUGAAAACAAAGUUACACCUACUUUCCCAAAAUGAUUGAUUGCUUAAAAUAUCAAUUAAUGUCAGUGUUUGAUACAUACUAUGUAGCUAAAAUCCAUGGUUGACAAAAGGAAGAAGACAGAAUUGAUAAUCUAAAUUUGAAGAUGAACUUGAUUAUUUUUCUCUGAUAAAUGGAUAUAAAACAUUUUGGAGAUGAACCCUUCAUUUGCCCUCUAUGAGCAACUCUUUGUCCAUGUCACCACAUUAGUGGCUUGACAUAAAAGGAAUAGUUUUCAAAUUCACAUACUCACUUUCUUGCCGCAAGUUAGGUACCACUCUCGUGUCUGUAUGUUAAAUAUGAAGCUACAGCCAGCAAGCGAUUAGCAAGCAGUUUCCACUUGUUUCCAGUCUUUAUGCUAACCCAACUCCUGGCCCUACCAUAGGCUGUAUUCAAGAAGUGGACAUAGCCACCGCGACGUCACCCAUUGGUUUGUGGACUACCGUUUUGAAGCCUCGAGUUUGGCAUUUUGUGCGUCGCCAUUUGUUUUUGGAGCCAGAAGUCACCAUAUUAAAUGAGAGGGUGGUGGUGGUGAGGAGCGCUAAAUGAAAUGCUAAAUUAUGAGCUAGCGCUAGCUAGCUUGGUGCAUCUGUAAUGCUUAUUUUGGCUAGCGAAAAACAGGGUUAAAACUAAAUGUAAUUACCGGGAAAAUGAAGAGUCAACUUCUUAUUGUCUUUUAGUACGACCAGACGCUGUAAAGUAGGGUCAUUUUCUCAUAGAGUUCUAUAAAAGCCAACCUCUUUUUGCAACCAGUGGAGUCGCCCCAUGCUGGCCAUUAGAAUGCAAGUUUGAGGCAAUUCGGCAUUGGCUUCACUUUUCAGGCCCGGAGGUUGCCAUCUGGGCCCUACUGGCUAACCGCCAGCUAGCUUAGCUAACAGGGGAAAUCACUCGUCUGGCUAGCAUACAGGCUAGCCAGGCAAACGGUUUGCCCUUUUUUCCAGUCUUAAUGCUAGAGGUAACCAUCUCCUGACUCUAGCUUCUUAUUUAGCGUGCAUAUACGCGUAUGUGAGUGGUAUCAAUCUUCUGAUAUAACUCUCGGCAAUAAAGCAAAUAAGCAUAUUUUCCAAAUUGUCAAACUAUUCCUUUAAAAACACCUACUUCAACUUAUACUCUCCCUGAUUUCAAGUGUCUGUCUUGGAUGCAAUGAAAGCAUGAAAAUGAACUUUACGUAACUAAAUUGAACCAAAAGAAAAGUCAAAAUGUACCUUCACAAAUUAUCAUGUUGUUUUAAAUGAAGUAUUUAUCAUGUAUGUCAUGUAUUAUAUAUAUACUGGGUUAGGUGCGGUAAAGAGCAUCUCUUAAGAGUUUGUCAACAGCGAUCCCUGACAGCUGACAGACUUUAGUGAUGAAAGCACUUCUAAAAAUAAACAAAACUUCCUUGUGUUAAAAAAAAAAGAGAAAUUGAAAGCCCUUUAAGGCCUUUUCAGAUAAAGCAUGAAAGAAAGAAAUGACAGCAAUUUAUUUUGGAGUUGAUUGCAGGGCUGGGGAAAUUGUUUUUGUGGUGUUUUAGUUCAUUUGACAAUCACACUGGUGAUUUACAACUUCCAGACUCAUUAGAAAUGGCUGGAUUUUAAUCCUGCUGGAUUGUUGUGCAACAAAUUACUUCUGCUGGAAUGGAAUAUUUGUGCAUUAUUCUAUUCAACAUGUGAAUUUCUUUCAAUGUCCCAUCCCAAAGCCCAAUCUAAGACUGAAACACUUGUCUAUUUCAGGGCAAGGCAAGAAUGAGUGAUUUGUAUGAGGGAAUUGUAUCUUUACUGUGCGCCUGCAUGGCGUGUUACUGACUGACUUAUUGAGAACAGCAGAAAGGCUUCAGGAUUGGACCCCUGCUGUGUGUGUGCGUGUAUUACAUUUUAAGAAGGCACUGAGUUAUGAUAACACAUAAGACCUGAAUGUUAGUGGUUGGAAAUGUUUUCUGUUUUAUAGAAAUCACUUUCGCAAUCCUGAAGAUUAUAGUAAAGUUACACUUCAUGGAUAUGAUGGUACA